AUGAAGUGUGAGGGUGAAAAUGUAAUUGCAAGAACCAUAACAAAAGGAAUGAAAUAUACAAAGCUAAGAUCAUUUAUAUCUUCAGAAGUUCACCAUGGUGAUAAUGGAAAUGACGUAAAGUUUACUAUUGAGAUUGAUUCAAGCAUAUUCAUAGAUCUCCUUGAUGAUGUUGGAGUUGAACAAUUGUUUGAAUACAAUAGAAGAACUGCUCAUGUGUAUGUUGUUAGACGGGCUGCACUUGAAGAUGAUCCUGAAGAGAAGGCAUUAUACAAGUAUAGCCUAGCGCACAAGUUCAGAUACAAGUUUCUGAAGAACAAACCAAGUCAAGUUAUUGUGAAGUGUGCAGUUAAGAGAUGUCCAUGGCUAAUUGAAAGUGAUCCGACCACAGUUGCAAAAUGGAUAGUUGGGCUGUGCAAUAGAUUUCAAUAUUUGUUCAUUGCAUAUGGACAUAGCAUAAAAGGUUUCAUGGAAGGUGCUCGACCCAUACUAUAUAUAGAUGGGUCUUUCUUGAGUGGACCAUAUAAGGGAACUCUACUGUUAGCAUGUGCAUAUGAUGCAGAUAAUGAGAUAUUUUCUGUGGCAUAUGCCAUAGUAGGUAGUGAGACAGUUGAGGAGUGGUCAUGGUUUCUUCAAAAUAUUAAGAACAUAACAGAAUCGCAAGAGAUAGCACUAGUGUCUAACAAACAUAAUUCAAUCAUUAGGGAUGUACAAGUAAUAUAUGAUUGUGACAGGCAUGCUUUCUGUUACUGUCAUUUGAAAGAAAACUUUAGGUCAGAGUUUUUAAAAGUCAUAAGAGGUAAGAGAAAGAAUGGAGUGACAAAGGAUGCAGCAUUCAAGCUCCUAGAUGCAAUAGCUUAUGUAAGACUCCCUAGUGAGUUUAAUGUUGCAAUGUCAAAUAUGAUGAACUUUUACCCGGAUUUAUUGCAAUGGCUUGAAACACACAGUAACAUAGAUAGAUGGGCACUUAGCAAGUUUCCCCAUAAGAGGUGGGAUAACAUAACGAACAACAUUGCUGAGUCCUUUAAUUCUUGGGUUGUCAAGGAAAGAAAAUAUAAAAUUACUGUUUUUAUGUAUAAGCAUAGGGAGAAAUUAGUGAAGAAGUUACAUAAUAGUAAAAUGGCACUGGAAAAAUGGACAAAUAGUGUUAGACCAAAUGUGGAGACCAAGCUAAAGGAAAAUAUGUUAAGAGGUGAUACAUUGCAAGCUGAUUUUUAUGCACUGAACACUGUUAGGGUGAAAAAAUUAAAUGGAAAUGUGCAAGUAAAUCUUGAAUUACGUGAAUGCUCUUGCCUGGCAUGGCAGAUGUCUGAACUACCAUGUCCUCAUGCAUGUGUUGCCAUAAAGUUUUCACAUGGCAAUAUAUAUCAAUAUGUUGAGGAAUGGUACCAUUUAAGUUGUCAAGAAAAAAUCUAUGGCAGUAAUAUGAUUCCAAUUGAGACUUUUGAUAUUCCAAAGCCUGAUACAGCAACAUUAACUAAUAACUUAUCACAAACUUUCUUACAGCCACCUUUAACCAGCCGUCUUCUUGGGAGGCCAAGAACAAGGAGGAUAGAGUCUCAAUUCCAAGAUAAAAAGAUUUAUCAUUGUUCAAGAUGUGGGGAGGCCGAACACAGUCGUAAGACAUACAAGAAUCCUAACCUAUCAUGA